GUCUCGGAGAGCUUCGCCGUCAGAACCGCUGCUGCAAGGAGGGCAGUGACCGUAUUUUUGCAGAUAUCUGUCAUUUCUCGGGUUCAGAGGGAGCCGUGGCUCAAUAAAACGCGUUUACGGCCGUGAAGUGAAGUGACCUGCCUCUCCACAAAUGCAAGCGAUUAAAUGCGUGGUGGUCGGCGACGGGGCGGUGGGUAAGACCUGUCUGCUGAUCAGUUACACCACCAAUGCCUUCCCCGGAGAAUACAUCCCUACAGUAUUUGACAACUACUCUGCUAAUGUGAUGGUGGACGGGAAGCCAGUGAACCUGGGUUUAUGGGACACGGCGGGACAAGAGGACUACGACCGCCUCCGGCCGCUCUCGUACCCGCAGACGGAUGUGUUUUUAAUAUGUUUUUCGUUGGUGAGCCCAGCAUCCUUCGAGAACGUCCGGGCAAAGUGGUACCCCGAGGUGAGACACCACUGCCCCAACACUCCCAUCAUCCUGGUGGGCACCAAGCUGGACCUGAGGGACGAUAAGGACACCAUCGAGCGUCUGCGGGACAAGAAGCUGUCUCCCAUCACUUACCCGCAGGGCCUGGCCAUGGCCCGAGAGAUCGGAGCGGUGAAGUAUCUGGAGUGUUCGGCUCUGACUCAGCGCGGGUUAAAGACUGUGUUCGACGAAGCCAUCCGAGCCGUCCUCUGCCCUCCGCCCGUCAAGAAACGCGGCAAGCGCUGCACGCUCUUCUGAGACGACGGAAGCAGCAGAUUCACGAUCAGCCUCUCGGAAAACACACUGUACUUCUCCCACAGGUUCGGUGACAUGAAGCUCUGAAGCACAUCACAUGUAAAUCAAGCAUUGGUCGAGGGACGGCCUCGCACGCCCGGAGACGUUAUAUUCCAUUUCAUAUCGUUUAUAUGAGAAGUUUUAGUGGUACGGUGUAAUUGUUGACAUACUGUAAGGAAGUGUUUCUCGGUGUUGUAAAGAAGCGGGAAGUUGUGUUGGUUUAGACGGUCUUGUACAAAGCUAACCGCCGGCAGUAUUAGCUCACGAGCCAUUUUACAUUAAAGCGGAUAUUCAGUGAAAACGGAAAGCUGCAGAUGUUUGGAUUGUGGAAAGCGCCGGGUUAAAAUCCCCUUCGGUUUCGUUGCCCAGCUACAAAAACAUUUUCCCGCUGUUCCCGGAACAUUCCGUUUUGUUUAUUAUUUGUCGAGCAAGGCUUCGAAACGUCCGCUUUUUAAGACUCUUUCAAUAGUUUGUUUUCGGUUGUGCGAACGUUAAGGGAACGUUUCUUCUGAAUGAGCUCUGAACGGGACACUUUACAAUAAGGUCGAUUAGUUAACGGCAUAGCAAUCGAACAAUGCUUCUAUUAAUCUUGGUUAAUGUUCAUUUAAUCACGAGCUGUGUUUGCUGACAUUAGUUGAUGCACUGUAUCGUUAACGAUGAGGAAGUAACGCCGUAAUGUGUUGAUGAUUGUUGGUUCGUGUUAAUAAUACACUGAUGGGAAAAAACGGCACCUUACUGUAAAGUGUGCGCGCAAAAAAAAAAACGUUCCUUCAAUGAUGCAAAAUAACAUUUGUGUGCUACAUUUUCUUUUGAAGAUUGCAACAAUGUCACGACAGAACUUUUAAUAUUCUGGCUACGCUGUUACUACGGCAACUUGGCAUUUUAUACUUCAGUUUUUAAUUUUACUUGAAUGUUUUGCAAACAAUGUAUAAAUGGUCUGGUGCUGAUGUUUUAAGAACACUAAUAAAGACGACUGGAAGAGCG